GGGGUCAGAUGAAGAGCAAACGCCUGGAUUGCUCACCUGCAACUCUGGCCCAUUGCAGACACACCAGAGGGGAACCCUGAAAACUGCUCCAUCUCAGUGGGAGCCCUGGAGAUUUCCAGCAGACUCAAGGAGCUCACCUCCAUUCCUUCCUGUCUGACUCCCCCUUUCCCAGGUUCCAAGCCCAGCACCCAUCAGCCAUGAUCCAGCUCCGGGUCACCCCUGAGUCAUCGCUGGCCGACACAUCGGUGAGGAUCCACGUCUCCGGCCUAGCACCCACCCAGCUGGUGACCCUGCAGUUGUCGCUGACGGACGAGAGGGGCGUGAACUUCCAGGCCCGAGCCUUCUACCGAGCAGACGAGGCUGGGGAGGUGGACUUGGAGCAGGCAGCUGCCACGGGGGGCGACUACGUGGGCAUCUGGCCCAUGGGCCUCUUCUGGUUCCUUAAGCCGGAGAAGCUUUUCCACAGGCUGGUGAAACGGGAUGUGAUGAGCGGCCCCUUUUGCUUCCAGCUCGACCUCUUUGACUCCUGCCAUCUCCUUCCCUCAUCCCAGGAGGUGCCCCUGGCCACUUGCACUGUGGAGAGGUGGUAUGUGGGCCCCGGAGUGGAGCGUGUCCCGAUCAAGGAGGGCCGGGUCCGGGGUGCCCUAUUCCUGCCUCCUGGGCCGGGUCCCUUUCCGGGGGUGAUCGACAUGUUUGGCGGGGCCGGCGGGCUCAUUGAGUUCCGAGCUAGCCUGCUCGCCAGCCGGGGCUACGCCGUGCUGGCACUGGCGUUCUUUGGCUAUGACGACCUGCCGCAGGUGCUGGUGGAGAUGGACCUGGAGUAUUUCGAGGAAGCAGCCAACCUCCUCUUGAAACACCCCAAGGUGAGAGGCCCAGGCCUCGGAGUGAUCGGGGUGUCCAAAGGGGGCGAGGUCACGCUGGCCAUGGCUGCCUUCUUAGAGCAGGUGGUGGCCGCCGUCUGGAUCAAUGGCACAGGAUUCCUGAACGGCACGCCACUGCGUUACAAAGGGGUCCACAUCCCGCACCUCCCCUACUGCCCUGAGCGGCUGCUCAUCACAGAGAUGGGGGUCCUGGACAACUACCACGUCUUCAAGGACCCCCGGGACCCAGCCCACGCAGCUGCUGCCAUCCCUGUGGAGAAGGCUCAAGGGGAGGUGCUCUUCGUGGUGGGAGAAGCUGACCGCAAUUUUAAUAGCAAGCUGUUUGCUGAGAUGGCCAUAGAGAGGAUGAAGAGCCAUGGGAAGAAGAACUAUACCCUGCUCUCCUACCCUGGGGCUGGGCACCUGAUCGAGCCGCCGGGGUCCCCACUGUGCAGCAUCUCGCUGAUCCGGGGGAGCCCCAAACCUGUGCACUGGGGGGGUGAGCCAGAGCCCCAUGCCAGAGCUCAGGAGCAUUCCUGGCAGGAGAUCCUGAAAUUCCUUGACCGCUGUCUUGGACUCACCAGCAAUCUGUAACAGCCAAGGGAGUGGGGGGGGGGGGCGCGGCAGCGGGACCCCAUCCUGCCAGGCUGGGGGAGCGCCUCCCAUCCCCGCAGCCUGAUCGACGUAAUAAAUACUGAGAACAUAGAAAGAAUCUGUGGGACGCUUGCAGGAGAGCACUGGAGGGGGAGAGGGGGAGUGCCCACACAAGGAAGCAGGCUGGCCUGCUGCUUAAGGCACUGCCCUGGAUUUGGGAGACCUGGCCAGGGCUCAAGUCUCAGCUCUGCUGCUGACACCGUGGGUGGGUCACUGAAUCUUUCUAGGCCUCUGUUCCCUGUCUGUAAAAUGGGGAUAAUGCUUCUGCCUUGUGUACGUACACAGCAAGCUCAUAAUGGAAUGAGCGGCUCUUAGUGUGUGUGUGUGAGCGGUGCCCAGCUUACGGAGCCUGGCUCAGAGUCUGAAGGUGCUACUGGAAUGUAGCUGGUAAAGAGGCUAUGUAGGGGAGGGCACCGCUUUGAAGGGAGCUGCAUUUAAGACAGGGGAAUCCGCAGGAGAUAAUUAGCUUAGAUACAAGGGAACAGGUAUCCCUCAUUAGGUUAUAACUAAGGCUAAGCUUUUUUCACAGGUAUUUUUAGUAAAAAUCACAGACCGGUCACAGGCAAUAAAGAAAAAUUCACAGAAGCCUGUGACUGGUCCUUGACUUUUACUAAAACUAUCCAUCACAACUAUCCUACGCAGCUGCAGGGGCCUGGCUGGGAGCUCCGGGGGCCCCCAUCACCCAUGGGGGUUCAGAGCUCCAGGGUCCCUCUCCUCCACAGCUCUGAGCUGUGUGGUCCCCUGCCACCAGAGGCUGAGAACUGUGGGGGCCAGCCAGGAGCUGCAGAGUCCGUCCCCCCAUUCAUUUGGAGCUCCCCUGCACCCAUGGUGGCAAGGAGCUGCGGGGUACCCUGUGCCCAGUGGCAGGCGGGUGUUGCAGGGAGCUGCGAGGGUCCCCCCCACCGCCUGGGACAGCCAGUAGCUGCGGGGACACAGCCUCCCAUGGUGGCCAGGAGCAGAUGGGUUUCCCCUGCCAGCUGGGUCUCCCCCACCACCCACGGCAGCCGGAAGUUGCAGGGUACCCCCACUGCCUCAGAACUAUGGGGCCCCGUUCGGUGGCAGGAGUACCCUGCAGCUCCUCGCCACUCCAGAUGGCAGUGGGACCCAUCAGCUCCCAGCCACCUUGGGCUAAAGUCACAGAGGUCUUCGUAGCCUUAGUAAUAACAAGUUCAAAGCAGAUUAAACUGCAGCCAUUGCACCAGAUAUUACAUUAGGUCUUCUGAUGUCCUCACCCUCUCCUCUUAGCUCCCAGAGAAAAGCUUGGUUACUGCACAUCCAUGGCUGCUUGGUUUCCAAGGAGAUUCACUGAAAAUGACAUUAAAGUGAGAUGGCCCCAUUGUGCCAUGAUAAUUUACAGAAAACAAUCUCAUCCAUACGGGUGUGAAUUAACUGCCACGCUAGCCUGGGGAACGGCCAUCGUCUUGGUCGUCUCCUGCGGCUAAAUGCCGGCCCUGCGGAGCUAAGAGCAGGAGCCUGAAUGGCUUGAAUUCCUUGCUGUAGCUGAGAUGGAGCCUCAGACAAUCAAGCACAGAAGGGGGUGGGGUGUCAUACUCAGUGAAUAAUGGGCUAUGUCUAGGCUGCGGGGGGGCAUAUACUCUUGUACAAAGGGGCAGCCUUUCUGUUGUGCUUCUUCAUAUCCGUAACCCAUGAGCUUUCGCUGCAACCUAAAUCCACGAGACGCAGACUGUGCUCCAGGUUGGGCGUGAUACUGAUCGAGGAGGAUUAGGGGAAUAAUCCUUGUGUUUUAAAGGCCCCAGCCCAGGCUUUCACCAUGGAAGGGUAACACAGACUAUUCAUGUUGUCACUUCACCCUUUGCUAAGUAGAGCCUAACAUUACUCCUCACAUCCAGUCAUGCCCCUGGGGUGGAUUAGGCUCCAACAGUGAUGAGCUCUUCUGCUGGGGGGGAGCAAAUUAAUGAGCCUUGGGGCUGAUUAGAAAGGAGCAUUUGUUAAAGGGGCAUCAUCCUGUUGAAAAAAAUCAUACCUGAAAAGUCACAAACAAAUAUCCUUCGCUACGUGCACGUUAGUUCUUCUGACAGAAUUGUUUUUUAAGCAUUUAACUGAUUCAUCAACAUGACAUCAACUUACUUACUUUUUCUGUCCUUUUGCAAAAUGACAAUAGGCUCAUCAGCUUCAGGGCUGUGGGUUGUCAGUGUCUGGUCAAUUUCAUCUCCCUCUCUUGCCCUAGCAGGAAACCUGACUCAGUUAUAACUGCAAAAGUCAGGGGACCAGCUUACAGUACCAUGAACAUUUAAAUGUGACCUUGGAUCUGGGCUGAUGAUUGUACAGUCCCAGGAUUUAACCCAGUUCCGGGGGCACAGAGCUGUGCAUGACACUGCUGAGAAGGGGUGGGGCAAGCUGUCUUUAAGCCA